AUGCAUCCACACUUGCAUACCAAAGAUAACGCUGCCUGCGAGGAUCUCAUGGUCGCCCUCGAGGAAUGUCACGAUCGCGGCUUCUUAUGGAAGUCAAUGGGCAUGUGUAAUGACGCCAAACAAGCUCUCAACUUGUGCCUGAAAGCCGAACGUCUGAAACGAGUCGAUGCGAAUAGAAACAACGCCCAGGACAAGAAGACCAAGAUCAGGAACAUGUGGAAAGAUAUUGACGAAAACUCAUAA